GACACAGUAUAAAUACUCCCUCAUGCAACUCCUCGCAUUAUUUGGUGACCAUGGUGUCUCGCCGAAGAGUUGGAGGGUAGAGCUUGGGCAUCCUUCAAGUCAUAACCCCAGCACAGCCCCCUCUGGAACUCCUGGCGGCGCGUGCAAGGUGGCGGGAGGACUCGACGAAGGUCUGAGUUGAGCUGAUCAGCAGCUUUUGUGUGUAUCUUGUCAACAGGUGGCAGGCUCUUUCUGGUCGUUUGUACUGUUGAAUAUUUCUCGGGCACUUCGCUCCUCGACUCCAGAACUUCAACAGAAUCUGUGUGCCUUAAAUCCUAGUGAGGCCGUCGGCAGCUGGAGAACAUUUGAACUUUCGGGUGCGAGGGAAGUCAGAAGCUGCUCCUUUUCACAGCGAGGGUUCAGUGGACAACUAGCUCUCCCACGAAGACGUUUCUUUAUCUUUCUUCUGUCACCAAGUCUGAGCUGGGCAGCGGGGAUUCUUGAGCGGUGGUGUAGAAGAUUUUGAAUCGCCGCGAGCUCGAAGGAAGCGACGCGAGGCACUACACUGCAUUGAGUCGGGAUAUAGUGUCUGAAGUCUAUCAAUGGGAAACAGAGGAGCCCGACUGUGUCUGAUCCUGCUAUGUUUCAUACCUGUUCUCGUGGAAGGGCGGGCAGGGAGCAAGGGGAAGAAGUUUCAUACGCUCCAAAUCAAUGGCCCGCCGGAUUACAGCUCGAGGGUAGCAGAUGCAGCGACGUUUGCGGGCAGUACACAAUCCCAACACGACAAGUCCGAUGGACUUGUAGUCGAAUUGUGGCACAGAAAUUCGCCGAAUUCACCAUUUCUUCCCAAGGAUGCGAAGCACGAAGACCUCGUGAAGCAGAGUCUUCUGAGGGACAAGCAGCGUCUCGCGAUGUUUUCCGACAAGAUUGAAAUGGCGUCCCGAGGCCUAACGAUGAACGACCUCAGCGUGCCCCAAGACCCAUCGUCCAUCAGUGUGGAUACAAGUUCUGAUACCGCCAAUCUGGUAAGCCCGGUAAUAUCAGGACUGACUCUUGGCAGUGGGGAGUACUUUACGAGGAUGGAGGUUGGAACCCCAGGGGAAGGUACUUAUCUGGUCGUGGAUACUGGGAGCGACAUUCUUUGGAUGCAAUGCAACCCAUGCAGCCAUUGCUACUCGCAGCAUGAUCCCAUAUUCAACCCCAUGAACUCAUCUUCUUUCGAUGUGGUUCCUUGCUAUUCAAGUUCCGGUUGGUGCCAAGCUCUAAACGUCGGAGGCUGCAUAGAAGACAAGUGCCUCUAUCAGGUGAGUUAUGGAGAUGGUUCCUUUACUAUCGGGUACUUGUCAUCGGAGACCUUCACCAUGGGCACUACCAAAGGAGGAGAUAAGGUGAAAAUAAAAAACGUUCCAUUUGGAUGCGGAUAUGACAACGAGGGUCUUUUCGUUGGGGCAGCCGGAAUUUUGGGCCUGGGGAAAGGCAGUCUGUCAUUUCCUAACCAGCUGGAAUCUCGAUACUCAAGGAGAUUUUCCUACUGCUUGACCAACAGGGAGAGUGGGGAGAAGACAUCUAGCUCGCUGAUAUUCGGAGACGCUGCCAUCCCUACGGGUAGUUCAAAAAUAAAGUACACACCCCAGCUAUUCAAUGAGAAAAUUCCCUCGUUUUACUACGUGGGGCUGACGGGCAUCAGCGUGGGUGGUUCAUUGCUGGAGAUACCGUCUGAGACCUUUCAGCUGAAGACGAAUACUGGCAAGGGAGGAGUCAUUGUUGAUUCGGGGACUUCCAUCACCUGGUUCAAUUCUGCUGGUUACAAUAUUGUGAGAGACGCGUUUCGGGAUGGAACUGAAAAUCUUCCUGGCACUACUGCCCCAUUUGACCUUUUCGAUACUUGCUACGACCUGUCGAACUUCACGUCCGUGGAGGUGCCUACCCUGACGUUGCACUUCGAAGGAGGGGCGGAACUCGACCUGCCAGCCAAAAAUUAUGUCAUCCCGGUGGACGAGAUAGGCAGAUACUGCCUGGCAUUCGCGUCUUCUUCGAGCAAUUUUUCAAUCAUCGGAAAUGUCCAGCAGCAAAAUUUCCGUGUUGUGUACGAUAAUGUGGAGGGUCGCAUCGGUUUCGAGCCGGACCAAUGCUACUAGAUAUUUUCAGGGCAGGUUGAAUCCACUUGAGGCCCCAUACAAACUGGACAGGCGUGGAAUUGGAGCUGAGAGGAAAAGUAUCAGGAAGAGCGAUGGAAAUGUUCAGCGAGAAGCGUCAGCAUUGGAUGGAGAGGCAAAGAAGAGCAAGAAGGAGCUAAAGAUGGAAGCUGAAGCAAACCGAGUGCGGGAGGCAGCUUUAGCUCGAGAUUUCUUCCGAAAGUUUUGGCCAGAAAAUUUGUGAAAAGCAUGUGUCACUUUCUCCACAGAGUAGAGUCUCUGUCCUGUGUAAACCUCUGCCAGUUGCUCAGUUACCAUUUUGUUGUCAGUAGGUAAUCGUAUAUUCACAUAUGGAGUCCACAAUGUUCUGAAGGUUGCCAUUGCACCCAAACUCUGAUUGUAAAUAUAUCUCCACCUUGCAACAUCGCCUGUGUGAUAUCUUUGCAUCUGGACUUCUGUCUGAUCACACAGGGUAAAGCAAAGUCCAGUAGCAGUACCGAGAGGCCACGCCCAAAGUUAUGCCGUGGGGCAAUUUCCUCCUUGCUCGUGAGCAUCAUUAUCGGCAAAUUGCAGUUGGUUCCUCUGAUAUUGUCGUCUUGUAAGAAGAUAGAGCCUUCGGUUACUCAUCUGGAUCUUGAUAAAGCA